AUGGCCGGGGGAGCCCCUAAAAGCAGCGAGACGCCCAACUGGAAAGGCAGCGCGACCGUGAGCCCCCCGAGGGACAACGCGGAGAGACCCCCGAGGGGAAACACAGAGAGACCCCCGAAGGGAAACACGGAGAGACCCCCGAAGGGAAACACAGCCGGACCCCCGAAGGAAAGCACAGCCGGACCCCCGAAGGGAAGCACGGAGAGACCCCCGAGGGAAAACGCGGAGAGACCCCCGAAGGGAAGCACAGCCGGACCCCCGAAGGGAAGCACGGAGAAGCCCCCGAAGGGAAGCACCGAGGGACCCCCGAAGGGAAGCACAGCCGGACCCCCGAAGGGAAGCACCGAGGGACCCCCGAAGGGAAGCACAGCCGGACCCCCGAAGGGAAGCACAGCCGGACCCCCGAAGGGAAGCACAGCCGGACCCCCGAGGGGCAGCACCGAGGGACCCCCGAAGGGAAGCACCGAGGGACCCCCGAAGGGAAGCACAGCCGGACCCCCGAAGGGAAGCACAGCCGGACCCCCGAAGGGAAGCACCGAGGGACCCCCGAAGGGAAGCACAGCCGGACCCCCGAGGGGCAGCACCGAGGGACCCCCGAAGGGAAGCACGGAGAAGCCCCCGAGGGGCAGCGCGGCCCCGCCGCUCCCCCCCAGCCCCGGCUCCCCCCGGCUGCGGGACCCCGCGGGCACAGCCGCAGCGCCCACGGUGGCGGUGCUGAGGAAGACGGUGGUGAGGAAGAAGAAGGUGCUGAGGAGGAAGAAGGUGCUGAGGAAGAAGCCGGAGGCUCCGGAGGCUCCGCAGGAACCGCCGUGUCCCCCCCUGGGGCUGGAGUCCCUGCGGGUGCUGGACUCGCAGCUCCGGGCGUCCAGCCACAAACGGCUCGGGCUGGGAGCUCACCGCGCCCGCCUCAACAUCCAGUCGGGUCUCUCGGAUGGCGAUCCCUUCGAUGGCGGUUGGUGCGCGGCGCGCGAGGACACGGAGCAGUGGCUGCAGGUGGACGCUGGUGGCACCACGCGCUUCACCGGCAUCGUCACCCAGGGGCUCAACUCCAUCUGGACCUACGAGGGGGUGACGUCCUACAAGGUGCAGGUCAGCAACGACUCGCACACCUGGAGAGCCAGCCUCAACGGCAGCCAGGAGGCGGUGUUUCCCGGGAACAAAGACCCCGAGACGCCGGUGCUGAACCUGCUGCCGUCUCCCCUCGUGGGCCGAUUCCUGCGCAUCAACCCCCAGAGUUGGUUCCCCAACGGCACCAUCUGCCUGCGGGCCGAGGUGCUGGGCUGUCCCCUGCCCGACCCCAGCGAUUCCCGCUCCCCGCAGCCCCCGCCCGAAGCUCAGCUGGAUUUCCGCCACCACAACUACAAGGAGAUGAAAAAGCUGAUGAGGAGGGUGAGCGAGGAGUGCCCGGACAUCACCCGCGUGUACAGCAUCGGGCAGAGCUCCCGCGGGCUGCGCCUGCUCGCCAUGGAGAUCUCGGACAACCCCGGGCAGCACGAGCUCGGAGAACCGGAAUUCCGCUACGUGGCCGGGAUGCACGGGAACGAGGUUCUGGGCCGGGAGCUGCUGCUGAACCUGAUGGAAUUCCUGUGCCGGGAAUUCCGGCUGGGCAACCCCCGCGUGGUGCAGCUGGUGACGGACACGCGCAUCCACCUGCUGCCCUCCAUGAACCCCGACGGAUACGAGACCGCCUACAAGCUGGGCUCGGAGCUGGUGGGAUGGGCCAUGGGCCGCUGGACGUACGAGGGCAUCGAUCUCAACCACAACUUUGCCGAUCUGAACACGGCGCUCUGGGACGCCGAGGACAACGAUUUGGUGCCUCACCGGUUUCCCAACCAUUACAUCCCCAUCCCGGAGUAUUACACCUUCGCCAACGCCACGGUUGCCGCCGAGACGCGUGCGGUGAUCUCGUGGAUGCAGCGGUACCCGUUCGUGCUCAGCGCCAAUCUGCACGGAGGGGAGCUGGUGGUCACGUACCCGUUCGACAUGAGCCGAACCCCCUGGCUGGCCCAGGAGCUCACCCCGACACCGGACGAUGCCGUGUUCCGCUGGCUCGCCACCGUCUACGCCAGCGCCAACCCCGCCAUGGCCAACGGCAACAACCGCAGGUGCCACCACGAGGAUUUCACCCGCUUCGGUAACAUCAUCAACGGAGCCCAGUGGCACACAGUGGCUGGCAGUAUGAACGAUUUCAGUUACCUGCACACCAACUGCUUCGAGAUCACCGUGGAGCUUUCCUGCGACAAAUUCCCGCACGCGUCCGAGCUGCCCCACGAGUGGGACAACAACCGCGAGUCUCUGCUGCUCUUCAUGGAGCAGGUGCACCGUGGCAUCAAGGGCGUGGUUCAGGACGAUGACACCGAGCAGGGCAUCCCCAACGCCAUCAUCUCCGUGGAUGGCAUCAACCACGACGUCCGCACCGCCUCGGGCGGUGACUACUGGCGGCUGCUGAACCCGGGCGAGUACGAGGUGACGGCGCGGGCCGAGGGCUACGAGGCGGCCACGCGGCCGUGCCGGGUCUACUUCGAGAACGUUCCCACCCCGUGCAGCUUCCGCCUGGCGCGGGCGAGGAGCCGCCACCGGCCCGGGGGGACCCGCCCGGGCCCCGACCCGGCCCUGCGGCUGCAGCGGCUGCGCCUCCGCCGCCUGCGAGCCCACGGCCGCGGGCACUGAGCGGGGGGUCCCGGGACCGCGGGGAGCGAGCGGGGGGUUCCGGGGAGUGAGCGGGGGGGUCCCGGGGAGUGAGCGGGGGGUCCCGGGGCCGCGGGCUCGGCCGGGGGACCGCGCUGGAACGGCGCCCAGUAAAGUUUGGCUGCGCUGCCGCUGCGACUCUGCGGGUGUGGAGCGGCAGAGGGUCCGGGAACAGGAAUGGGACCGGGACCGGGAAUGGGACCGGGAAUGGGAAUGGGAAUGGGACCGGGAACAGCACCGGGAACAGGAAUGGGACCGGGAACAGGAAUGGGACCAGGAACGGGAAUGGGAACGCGAACGCGAAUGGGAACGGGAAUGGGAAUGGGAACGGGAAUGGGACCGGGUCCGGGACCGGGACCGGGGCUCGAUCCUGCCCCAGACCCUCGCGUGGGAACUCGGCGAGGCCACGCCCCUCCUGAGACCAUGCCCCCUUCCGUGGGCACAAAUGGGCCCUGCUCCUAAGCCACGCCCACUAAACCACGCCCCCUCCCCGUCUCAAUUGCUCCCCACGGCCCCGCCCCUUCCGCCCCGUCCCCAUUGGAUCACGUGGCUCCGCCCUCGACGCGCAUGUGAGCGCUGUCCCGCCCCUCUCCUCAGCUCUGGGCUCCUAUUGGCUGAUAGCGGCGGUAGGGGCGGGGCGGGGCGGCUGCGGGGGCCAAUAGGGUGCGAGAUUCGUCU